GUCAUAGUUGACAUCCUUUGCAAUUGCCUGCACUGAGAGAUAGCAGAGAGAAUAAUUUUUGCCUGUUGUUUCUGGGUUUUUAUCCUCGGACCAUUUUAUGGCAUCCUCAAUGCUCAGCGGAGCUGAAAGUCUCAAAAGCUUGUUGGUGGGAGAGCCCUAGCAAGGUUAGGUUCCAUGGGUUCAAAUUCUCAGAAGACUAGAAUCUUCGUACCCAGAUGCAGUAUAUCAGCAAGGUCUGCUUCUCAGCCUAGGUUCAUUCAACACAAGCAAGAGGCUUUUUGGUUCUAUAGGUUUUUAUCUAUAGUGUAUGAUCAUAUCAUAAACCCGUUUCACUGCACUGAGGAUAUGAGGGAUGAGGCACUUGAGCCUGUUGAUCUUUACGAUAGGAAUAUGACAGUGGUGGAUGUGGGUGGUGGAACUGGAUUAAUUUACCACCCUUGUAUGUGGAUGAUCUUCCCAAAGGAGGAAGAGUAUGUAGAAUGGCUUCAAAAGGCUGGAUUUAAAGAUGUGCAGCUGAAAAGGAUUGGUCCUAAAUGGUACCGUGGGUCUGCAGGCAUGGCCUGAUCAUGGGUUGUUCAGUGACUGGUGUGAAACCCUUAUCAGGAGACUUUCCCCUGAAGGCAACAUACCAUUGCUUAUCAGAAGUCCAUAUCUCCUUAUGAAAUUCUUGUGGAUUGGGUUGCAGCCAUCUAGUCUUUUCCUUUUUUGAAAUUGGAUAAAGAAGUAAUACUAUU